AUGUCGUCUCAGGAUUCUGCGGCCUAUGUGGCCGAGAAUCGAGGACCAUCUGCGAUAACAGGCAUGUAUAUUGUUACAGCAUUGUCAACAACAGUUGUCCUGAUCCGUUUAUACGCCCGUGGGAUUCAAAUUCAAGAACUGGGCAGGGAUGACUAUUUAAUUGUGGUCGGACAGCUAUUCGCGUGGGUCGACAUGGUCCUAUCAAUAAUGGUGGUCCGUCACGGCGCUGGCGAACAUCUUCAGGCCCUAGUCAAUCAUCCAGAGAAGAUGGUCAAGAUGUACAAAUGGCUUGUCGCAGCCCAGAUGAUAUACUUUGCCUCACUUUGGAUAUGUCGAGUUUCCGGCUUAGCAUUCUAUGCGCGUCUGAAUCCCAUGCCACGAUUCACACUAUACAUGCGUCUGGCCUUGGCCUUUGUGACUGCUGUAUGGGUAGCACAGUCUCUUAUCAUUGGGCUUCAAUGUAUUCCAAUUCAAGCCUUGUGGGAUACAAGUGUCAAGGGUAAAUGCUUGACCUCGACACAAGUUUUUAUCUCGACUUCCGUCAUGACGAUUAUCUGCGAUUCCCUUAUUUUAAUAUUGCCUGUCAAAAUUGUGCUCAAGCUGCAAGUCAAUCUUGCCAGAAAAAUUUCCCUGCUCUUCAUUUUCUGCUUUGGUAUCUUUGCAAUUGUUACAUCUAUCCUCCGCAUGGUCUCGAUGAUCGUCGCCCUUGACCACCCAACCGACCUCACCUGGUACUUCUCCGUCGUUAUGGCCUGGAGUACCUCAGAAAUCUCCGCCAUUGUCAUCGCACUCUCGCUACCCGCCUUAAGAGGCUUCUUUGGCAUUCUGCGAACAAAAGGCCGGUCUACCAACAAGAGCAAAUCCAAUGGCACAGGCUCUAUUCGUCUUACUCCCGUUUCACAAUCCAAUCGAAUAUUUGACGGCUCGGUUCAAAACACCGUUAGCAUAGAUACCCGGAGGAGCUCAAGUCAGGAAGCUCUUUUCUGGGAUAUGAAAGAUACACAGAGCAUACGGGUCAUGGAUACAGUACAUGUAGAUAUUGAUGACGGUUCGGAUCGGCACAUACAGCAUUAA